CAGUCUUUAGUCAUGUCAAACCUCAGUCAAAUGACAGCCUUUUUCCCCACACCAUUUUCCUUCUUGUCUUAGCACUUAGCAGUUAGCUCCUCCCCUUCUUUUCCCUCACUCCUCCCCACACUUAGCAAUGACAACAGAAACAACCAGUCCCAUUUUCUUCUUCACUCUUCUCCUCCUUACUUUCACUUCAACCCCAUCUUUCUCCAUUGAAAAUGAUAUCAAAUGUCUUGAAGGAAUCAAAUCUGCACUUUCUGACCCACUCAAUAAGCUCUCAUCUUGGUCUUUUUCAAACACUUCUGUUGCUGCCUCAAUUUGCAAACUUGUUGGUGUUUCUUGCUGGAAUGAGAAAGAAAACCGGCUCAUUUCUCUUCAGCUCCCUUCUAUGUCUCUCUCCGGUUCACUCCCACCUUCCCUUCAGUAUUGUACCUCUCUUCAAUCCCUUGAUCUCUCUGGUAACUCCCUCUCCGGUUCACUCCCGGUUCAACUCUGUUCUUGGUUGCCUUAUCUUGUUAAUCUUGACCUUUCAGGCAACUCUUUCUCCGGUUCUAUACCUCCUGAGUUUAUCAACUGCAAAUUCUUGAACACCCUUUUGCUAAAUGACAAUAAGCUUACUGGUUCGAUUCCUUUUGAGAUUGGCCUGCUCGACCGGCUGAAACGGUUCAGUGUGUCAAACAAUGGUCUUACCGGUCCGGUUCCUGAUGAUUUAGACCGGUUCUUGAAGGAUGAUUUUGAAGGGAAUAAUGGGCUUUGUGGGAAACCACUUGGAUCUAAAUGCAGUAAUUUGAGUAACAAGAAUCUUGUAAUUAUUAUAGCUGCUGGUAUUGUAGGUGCUGCAGGAUCUUUGAUUCUUGGAUUUGGGAUUUGGUGGUGGUUUUUGGUUCAGCCUAGUAAGAAGAAAAAUAGAGAACUUAUUGAUGGUAAAGGCAGUAAUAAUAGCAGUGAUUGGGUUGAAAAGUUGAGAGCUUUUAAGCUUGUUCAGGUGACAUUGUUUCAAAAACCUAUUAACAAGAUUAAGUUGAAUGAUUUAUUAGCAGCUACUAAUUCUUUUGAUAGUGAUAAUAUUGUUAUUUCAACUAGGACUGGUAUUUCUUAUAGAGCUAUGUUGCCUGAUGGAUCUGCAUUGGCUAUUAAAAGGUUGAGUAGUUGUAAAGUGAGUACUGAAAAACAGUUUAGGUCCGAGAUGAAUCGAUUAGGACAGCUUAGGCAUCCAAAUUUAGUGCCUUUAUUGGGUUUCUGUGUUGUUGAUAGUGAAAGGCUUUUGGUGUAUAAGCAUAUGCAAAAUGGGAGUUUGUAUUCACUUUUGCAUGGUAAUCUUAGUACUGGGGUUAGGAGUAGUAAUUGUGAGCUUAGUUGGCCAGCUAGGCUUAGGAUUGCUGCUGGUGCAGCUAGAGGACUUGCUUGGUUUCAUCACGGGUGCCAACCGCCCUAUUUGCACCAAUACCUUAGCUCAAAUGUGAUUCUAGUAGACGAUGAUCUUGAUGCUAGGAUCACGGAUUUUGGGCUUGCGAGCCUCGUUGGUUCUAGUGACUCGAAUGAUAGUUCAUUCGUCAAUGGGGAUUUAGGAGAGUUUGGUUAUGUGGCUCCUGAAUAUUCAAGCACGUUGGUUGCGUCGAUGAAAGGGGAUGUUUACAGUUUUGGAGUCGUGAUGUUAGAGUUGGUGACCGGACGAAAACCUCUUGGCGCGGGUAAUGCUGACGAAGGAUUUAAAGGUAGCCUAGUUGAUUGGGUUAAUCAACUCUCGAGCUCAGGUCGAAGUAGGGAUGUGAUUGACAAAUCUUUUGUUGGAAGAGGUCAGGACGAUGAAAUCUUGCGAAUUCUUCAAAUUGCUUGUUCUUGUGUGGUUUCAAGGCCGAAAGAUAGACCAUCUAUGUACACAGUGUACCAGUCAUUGAAGAGCAUGGUGAAAGAACAUUGCUUUUCGGAACACUUUGAUGAAUUUCCAAUCAACUUGACCAAGCAAAAUCAUGAUCAUAAGGAUUAGAUUAUAAGCAUGAAAUGAUUAGACAAAUGUUUCUAGUUUUGAAUAUUUUAGCUAUGGCGCUUGUACUUCAGACUGAAGGUAGUUCCUCUUUGAAAUUACCCCUCGUCAUUUAUCGAUAACUUUGUAUAGUUUGAAAUUACCAAGCAACUUUGUAGGAAUGCAUGAUCUUUGUGCUUUCUGGAUACAUAUUUUGUCAAUCUAUGUUUAAAUGUUUCAGUUGUGAA